AUGACCAACAGACUGCCACUGGAAGAAGCGUCUUCCACCCCACCAGGAAAAAAGAAAUCGACCAGAACCGCAGUGGCGUGUAAAAGUUGCCAUGGCUUGAAAGUAAAAUGUACCCCGGCUGAUGAGCGUAAUCCUUCCGGUCCAUGUCUUCGUUGUUUCAACGCCAAGCGCAAAUGUGAGGUGGAUUACAGUCACUCUCGGAAGAAAAAGAAGAAGAACGAGGCAAGCCCUGUGCCUGACUCUGCACUAAGUUACUCGGACCACAUCCAUCUGUACGAUGGUGCCUCAGACGCUUAUUCCAAUGGAAACGCUAACAUUAUUGCCAAACAGGAAGAGACCAUUGCCAAGUUGACAGAACAGGUGCGGAUUCUCAAACAACAAUCAUCGUCUUCCGCAAACCGCUCCCCCAUAGAAAUUUCACCAUUGAUUUCCGAAACCGAUUCUCUUGGGUUUGUACUCAAAAGUGAUCUUGAAAGCGAGCUAGCCAUCCUAGCUCAGUCCAACACCAAUCUUAAUGAGCUUGCACACAAAUUGAAGGAAACAGCAGACCGCCGCAACUCGUUACUCAACGAGGGUUUUAAGAGAGACCUUGUAUCUCAGGGCUACUUGACAAUCGAAGAAGCUAGCAGAAGAAUUGACCUUUACAACACCAGAAUGUUCCCCCAGCAUCCUCAUGUCGUCAUUCCACCUGUCACUGAUGUGGAGGUGUUUCGUAUCGAGCAGCCAUUUUUGUUCAACUGUGUGAUGUCCGUUACCAAUUCGGUUCACCCCGGUCCUAUUGACCAGGACUUGGCCCUCACAAUUGAGAAUAUCGCUACAAUGGGAGUUUCAAUUGAAGUCAUGGUGACGGGAACCAAAUCUGUCGAGUUGAUCAAGUGUCUUUUAUUGUUAUCAUUAUGGUACAACAAUCCCGAGAUGUUUAGAAACAGACGCUAUCACAUCUUGAAUGUUCUAUCGGUGACCUUGUUGCAUGACUUGGGUAUAGUCGCCAAACCAAACGAUUACUUCAUGGACUCCGACAAGGAUCUUGGUUCUGGAGGUACGUCCAACACAGAGUAUCGUAGAUUGGUGAUGACAUUGUACAGCAUAACUGUCAGUUUCUGUCUCAUUCUUCGAAGAAGCAUAUUUGUCAAAUGGACUCCUUUUGUUGAGAAAUGUUGUGCUGAGCUUGAAAGCAGCACUGAUGAAAGGUGGAGAGAGUUUGCCGUGUUUCUGAGACUCAACCAUCAACUAGACCGCAUUCACAACAUAGUCCAUGCACCGGAGGUGUCUGAAAGAGACUAUAGUCCAUCUGUCUAUGUUGUUCAUGAGAUGCAAAAUGUGCUUGCUCUGAUCAAGGCCAAACUUUCCAAAUCAAACCAUGCCUAUCGUGCCUACUACUAUUCAGUAGAAGCCUACUUGCACGAGCCGAUCUUGAGUCAAGUUCUCAUUUAUGACAGCAACAGUUCCAGUGAUGUUCAUUUGAACGAGAAAGCUGUCAAGUUGAUCGUAAAUUGUACAGCUGCCUGCCUCAAUUCGAUCCAAGAAUUUAACCAGCUUCGAAUAGAAGAGCUAGCAGCCAUUCCAUUAUGCUACGCUUCAAGAAUCAUCUACACCGCAGGAAUGUUAUUACGGCUUCGAUAUCUCAUUCUUCUGUUACCGUCGCACAUUGAGAAAGAUCUUGUCCCUCGCAGAGCCAUUCAAGUUAUACAAAGGCUCAACGAUAAUUUCGCCGAGGCAUCAGUUCUUCAUCCAUUUAACCAUUUUUUGAAAAAAACUAGGCUUGUCUUGCAAUUAUUCAUCCAAACUUAUGUCUCGCAAGUUCAUGAUAUCUUGCAGAAGAGCGGUGGUACACCGCAAAACUUCAAGCCCGUGGAUCCAAGAGCAAAAGAGGAAAUGGAAACCUUGGUAACCAAACCAGAAGGAGGAGGACUUAUCACAACCGCCAGUGGAGCUGCGUAUAAAUCACAAGUUCCAAUAGACUACUUGCUUUAUGCUGCAUCAUACAAAGAGAACAAUCCCAACGCAACCAUCUUAGAAAAGAGGUACGCUCCUGAAUCCAAUACCAGAGAAAACAACUCAGCAAACGGUACACCAAACAAAACCGCAAGUGCUGGUAAUGUACCACCCUCAAAUACCAACUUGACUCCCCAGGUGGGACCAGAACCCCAAAUGCCUUAUUUCCCGAAGCUGACAGGAACUUUACCACUUUCCAACAACAUGACAUUUCUGCCAAGGCAAAUGGAUCGCAUAUCGGGGUCGUUCAAUUACUCUCAGAACCAGCUAGAAACUGAACGUUUGAGCGACUCAUUCGGAGCACUUAACGAUGAAUUUUGGGGGGACUUAAUCAGCAAUGAUUCUAAUAGAGUUAACUUCACCAAUAGCAGCGCAAAUCAGUUGAACGACGAGGUUUUCUUUAUGAACUAG